AUGGCUAUCAACACUGCAUCCGACGCUACCCUACUGAGUUUGCAUGUUGAAGUAACUCGCGCAGCCACAGAGGUCGGCGUGACCGCUCCUCGCCACGACGACGACGGCGAAAAACUAGUAACGGCGACAUCUGUGACACAGGGCAACUCCAUCAGCAGGAAUCCGAUAGCGCUGAUGUCCAGAAAGGACGCCACGGCGUGCCAAACCACAAUGCACGCCGCAGUGGCUAGCCCUCGCCACACCGACAGCAACGAACACGGACAUGUAUCUAGGGAUGCCGAUGACAACAAAAUCGAUACGGUCAAGCCAGGGUCAAAGGACGAGCCACCUGUCGAAGCGAGGAAGCCUCUGUUGUCCGCGACGAACACGGUUAUGCGCGACAUGUCUAGCCACACUGCACGACCGCAGCCACGCAGGGCCCGGGAGACCUGGAAGACCCGGAAGAUAGACAAUGUCGAGGCCAUAGGCACCAAAGGCCCGCUCUUGGCGCGACGCACUACGGGAGUCGACAGCCUCCCGUUAGAGAUUCUCUGUGAGAUCUUUUCGCUGGCUAUCGCCGACGCUUCGGCCAGGUGGGCGUCAAGCCGAAAGUGUUACGAAGAGGCGGAGCUUUUGAUGAAGGUCUGUGAGCGUUGGAAGGAUAUCAUCCUGGGGAACGGAACCUUCUGGAGCAACAUCGUCGUCAGCGGUGUCACGCCCGACUUUGUCGCUGAGAUUAUCCGGCGGAGUGGCAAGUCGACGCCGCUUUCUAUCAGAGGGAAUCUGGUGAGCGAUAGGGACGCUGACGCAAAGAAGAUCGAGUACAUACUUCGGGAGUCAAACCGAAUCCGGCUGCUGGACUUGGAGAUCUCGACGGGCAACUUGCGGAAGCUGGGCGCUGGCGAGGGCAUGCCGAAGCUCGAGGAGCUCAGGUUGACCAGGAUCGUGGGCACCGACGAAGGAGGAGAUGAUGAGUCGAUUGACCUUGGUGGCCUCCAGAGCACGCGGCUACAUAAACUCAGUCUUUGCAACGUAUCCUUCAAGUCCUACGAGCCGCUGCUAUCCGAUGCCACUACGGAUCUUAUUCUGGACAAUCCUAUGGUGGUACUAUCCACGGACGAUCUCCUCGGUACUCUUGACACUGUUCCAAAUCUUCGGUCGCUCGAGAUCCUAUCAAGCAUAGAUGCUCGACCCGUUUCACCUCACGACGUGAUAUCUCUGACGAGGUUGGAACGCAUAUCUGUGGAUCCGAUAGAAGUCGAAGACGUUCGAUUCCUUGGCUACAUCCGCACUCCGCAGCUUAAACAGGCUGAUUUAUCGAUUCUCUCCAAGGACGAUGAGACUGUACUUCCCGGUAUCAUGGAGCUCAUCGCGCCGAUAGUGAGCCAGGCUGAGAGGGAAAACGGCUUCCACGCCUGCCGUUUCCGCGCCCGUGAUGAAUUUUCUUUGGAACUGGAGUUUGGGCGAAAUUUGGAGGCAUUCGAGGAAUGCGCAAGCAGACCGAUCGUCCACCUGGAUUUCGACAAUCUGCACUUGCAAGAGAACUUCCUACCGACGAUCACAGAAGCCCUUGGCGAGUCUUUGAGCGCGGUCCAUGAUCUCCAGAUCGUCGAUGGCGAGUGCGCGACUGCGACUCGUGAAGACUGGGCAGCGUUAUUCGAGCACAUGCCUGAGGUGCGAACUCUCCGAUUGCAUGAUCGCAGCGCCAGAGUGGUUCCAUUAGACUUCAUGGGAGCGGAAAACGUACCUGCUUUAUUUCCGAAGCUGGAAUCCGCGAUUGUGAGGGGUGGUACCAGGAAGCAGCUGCUAAGACUAUUUAAGCACUGCGACAACGCACACAUAAACAAUCUUACUAUCUCUGAUGUAGCCGAUGUCACUCGGGGUGACAUUGACUCACUGGCCCAUAUUGCCCACAACAUCUCAUGGGACGGCAUGGACAUCAAGGUACAGACUGGAGGAGAGCGCUUGCCGGCGAUCGACGGGCAGACAGAGAGGGAGAAGGAAGAGAGUGCAUAG